AUGGCUGCUACUGAAAAUUCCAUCAAUGACGGAAAUUUUCCCUGGGAUAUGCUCAAAGCGGAUUGUCUUCGCCUUAUCUGUGUCCAACUUGGUCGUCGCUCUGCUGUGCCUGCACGCAGAGAGGAAAUGUUGACAUUCUUACAGGAUGUCAGCAAAAAUGGAUAUUUUCUGUGGGUAGACGCUACUCUCGAAGAGCUGGAGUCUUCACCCUCCCGUUUUAAAGCGUCUCAAAAAUCGUUAGGGGAGGAACCAAUAACACCUACCACCAGGAAAAGGACAAGACAGGAUGACGAAGAAGAAGAUGUCCACGAGGAAGGGGAAACUCCUGGUUACAAUACGCGACACAAAGGCGCGAAGCGAGUGCGUGUGUCGGAUCCUGGUCCGGUGAAGUACAGGCGGGGACGAGGACAUCUCAAGGAAAGCGAACCUCCCGUUGGCGCCGUAGUGAAGCGCGGCAGGGGCCGACCCAGGAAGAAUCCUAUUGUACGAGCAGACGGGGGUGGUAAGCCAACAUUUGAAGGUGUCUUCAUCACACCCCGCGCCAUGUUAAAGGCUGCCGCAGGCCCCGAAGAGGGGCAAGAUGGCGAGGAUGACGACGGCGAAGAUGAGGAGCAACUCCUUGAGGACCAUCUCCUCACCAACCCAGAGGGCGAUUCAUCGAAUUUUGGAGGGUCUAACAAAGAGAAUGACCCGGCUCUUGCUCUGCAGAUUGGUAUUUGUUUUGUUCCAUCUUAUAAGUCACCUUGUAUAACGUUAUCUCGUUUCCAUCAAGACGAAUUAGAUGCCGAGGCCGAUGCUGAAGGCGAGGCAGACGCAGACCUUAUCUUACUCGAUGCCGCCCACGCCAGCACCUCUGUUUAA